AUGUCGAGGCCACGCCUGUUCGAGGGUCUGAUCACAUCUUGCCCGUCUCGGACGUGUUCUCUCGUCCGGGCAUCGGACUUCGCGUCGCACGUCGUCGCCGCCGCCGUCUUCUCGGCGCGCAGCGACGACGAAGGACGCGUGGUCCCGAGAUCGGAACGGAAGCCGAGGGGAGACGGACAGUCGCACGCCGACGCCCGGUGUAGAACAGUGGUGUGUUGCGUGGAUUGUAUUGUACAUGUGACUGUGGUAGUGAAUGUGUGGAAACGGAAAGUGUUUGAUAUGCCUGUGUUUGCUUCCUAUGUGACAGAUCCUCAAUAUGCUAAUAUCUCCGGCAAGUGUAAUCAUGUGAAUCAGAACGGAUUGGAAGACAGCUUCAGGGAACUAAACAUGUCAAGUAGCCAACUCGUUGAUUCCUGCCUACUUGUAAAUCGCAAAGUGGAAGAGACAACAGAAGUAUCUGUGGAAAGGAUGGAGCACUUGGAAAGGCGGGUUCUUCACGACCGGGGUAUUGAUAUGCCUCCAUAUCAUGGAGAACCAGAGUUUCAAGAGAUGAGCAGUAGCAGUUAUUCAGCAGACGUGACGUAUCAUCCAGUUUCAAGUAACGGGCACGCAGAGGACCAGGCUGUUGCAGGCCGUCCUGGAUCUCAAGUCUCACAUCAUAGCUCUUCCCCUUCCACUUCUGCUGGAACAGAACUUGUUUCCAGGACUCACAAGCAACAUACCACUCAACAGGGGGAGGUAACUAUGAAAGUCAUCAUCUUCAUGGUCAACGUCAUCACGGUCACGGUUCGCCAAGUGGGAGCUACGAAUUGGGAUUGGGACCACGAUAUCCCCAUCCCCGUCCCCCGACCCCUCCUACGCCCAGUGAGGGUGGAAGCGAGUCACCUCCACCCACCGGAGGAAGAGGAGGAGGUAGUUGAUUCUCCCCCUUCCUUUGCCUCCCCUUUGCUGGUGGUCACCGAAGACCCGAGCGGAGCUCCUGGCCUAAGUGGGUAUGCAGAAUUGGAUACUACCUUCGCCCCCCAGGGGGAAGAACCUUUUCACAAUCACGAACACCUCCCCGACGAGCGGUUCGUGAGUUCGGAGGAAAACGGACUAGAUGCCCCUGCCCCAAGGGCCAUGUUCGAUGACGAUGAUCAUCCUCCCCUUCCACUUCCACAUUUCCCUCCUCCAUCCCCUUCCAUUACCAGUGAUGGCAGAGUGAGAUGGAGAGACCCAGACCUUCACGAGGUGAUAGACUUCCUCUUGCAUCCAAACAACGUGGUGAAGGCAAAUGCAGCUGCAUACCUGCAACAUUUAUGUUACAUGGAUAAUCCAGUCAAGCAAAAGACUCGUACUCUUGGUGGGAUUCCACCACUGAUCUCCCUCCUGUCCAGUGAAACUCCUGAAGUUCAUCGUAAUGCUUGUGGAGCCCUCAGAAACCUGUCUUAUGGAAGACAAAAUGAUGAGAAUAAGAAGUCAAUUCGCAAUGCUGGAGGAAUCCCUGCAUUAAUUCGCCUCCUCCGUCGAACCCAUGACAACGACGUGAGAGAACUUGUUACUGGAACUUUGUGGAAUCUUUCUUCCUGCGAGGAGCUUAAAAAGCCUAUUUUGGAUGAUGCCAUGACUGUUUUGGUGAGCCACAUUAUCAUUCCAUACUCCGGGUGGGAUCGAAAUGCACCUCCUCCUCCACAUGAUGAGAAGGGAUCCCGCCAAGAUCUCUAUCUUUCAACUGUCUUCAGAAAUUCUACUGGGAUACUCAGGAAUGCUAGCUCAGCUGGAGAGUUUGCCAGAAAGCAGCUGCGAGAAUGUGAAGGACUGGUGGACUCUCUUUUGUAUGUCGUCAAGAGUGCGAUCGGCAAAUCAAACAUCGACAACAAGAGUGUGGAAAACUGCGUAUGUGUUUUACGGAAUCUUUCAUAUCGAUGCCAAGAAGUAGAAGAUCCCAACUAUGACAGAAAUCCCCCACCUGGAGCUACCCGGUCAAGUGGAACAUUGACUAAAGGUGAGAACCCUGGGUGCUUUGGGGCACAAAAGAAGAAAGAAAAAGGUAGUGGUUCUUCAGGAUUUGGUCUUCAGCGUGACAUUAGUGGUCCAUUGAAGAUGCCUGGGCAACGAUCUGAACCACUUAGAGGAAUGGAGCUCCUCUGGCAGCCAGAGGUUGUCCAGCCCUACCUGAGUCUCCUAUCAGAUUGUUCAAAUCCAGAGACAUUAGAAGCAUCUGCCGGUGCCAUCCAGAACCUGGCUGCCUGCUACUGGCAAGCAAGUAUUGAUAUCAGAGCAGCAGUACGCAAGGAGAAGGGUCUACCCAUUCUUGUUGAGCUCCUUCGCAUGGAAGUCGAUCGGGUCGUAUGUGCAGUAGCAACAGCUCUCAGAAACCUUGCUAUUGAUGAGCGUAACAAAGAACUCAUUGGAAAAUAUGCCAUGAGGGACUUAGUCCAAAAGCUUCCAUCUGGUAACCCUCAGCAUGAUCUUGGUACCUCAGAUGAUACAAUUGCAGCUGUUUUGGCAACCCUAAAUGAGGUGGUCAAGAAGAAUGCUGAAUUUGCCAGGCUUUUAUAUGAAGCUGGUGGUGUGGAUCGCUUGGUGAACAUAUCUCGUCAGAGGCAAAAGUACAAUUCUCGAGUGAUCAAGUUCAGUGGACAGGUGUUGUAUACAAUGUGGCAGCAUCAGGAACUACGUGAAGUGUACAAAAGAGGAGGAUGGAAGGAACAGGACUUUGUUACACGGACAGUGGCAGCAAGAAAUGCCCGCCCUCACUCCCCUAGUGCCCAGAAUAGCACAUUGAAUCGACCCAUGGCCAGCCAGGGAGGAACACGCUAUGAAGAUCGCACUCUUCAGCGAGGUGCCAACAGCAAUCUCUCCAGAUCUUCUCACUAUACGGGUGAAGAGGUGCCAUUGGCAGAUGUGUCCUAUCCAGAUGGUGAUCAUCCUCAUCUACAUUCAGGCCCCCCUGGAGGAGUUCGAAGUUAUCCUCCAGCUACUCCAAAGCCUGGAGAGCCUCUUUAUGCUCAAGUGAAUCGAGAUAGAAAGAAGAAUCGACAGUAUGAUGCCCGCAUGGCUGCUGGACCAUAUGAUGUGAAUGAAGGUGUUGUGUACAAUGAGUCAAAUGUGGUUCUGGAAGGAUCAAGUGGAGGCCAGCCUGCUGGAGAUUCCUGGGUGUGAGAGAUCUUCUAUCCCUCUCACCCUUAUUGUGUGCUCAAAGUGCAAUAUCUUACUGAGCGGGUGUCUCGCCAGCCUCAUACACACACAAGCACACCCUCUCUUGCUCUUUCCAGUGUUAUGGUCUGCUUGAAAUGGUCACCUGGGGACAUCACCAUAUUUGUUUUGUUCUCCCUCCAACAAUCAGUUGCAUUCAGUGUUAUUUUGCUGAUGGUGAUUCCAUUUUUUCCAAUUAUAUUUUCUCAGCUUUUGAGAUUUUGCAGCUUCAAAUGUGAUACAGAGAAUUUAUUAUGCUAAAUUUUAUGCACAUGCAAAGAAGUUUAGUUGGCUUUUUUUUGUCCAUUGUUGUGCCCCUUUCUGGCACUUGCACUGAGUCUUCUUUCUCCUGUUUGUCUUCAGAGGGAAGGCUUUCACUCUCUGUGGUCUGAGAUUUCUCAGGAGGGGAGUAACCCUGUAUGGUCUUCUCAUGUUUUUCUGAUCUGCUUCUGUUUGCUACAUUGGCAGAUUUUGGGAUCAAUUCAGCAGUUUUUUUUCUUUCUCAUCAAUCAAUAUAUCUGUUAUGUUACAGCAGAAUUCCAUAUGUGCCAAAUCCAGUUUUUCCUGAGAAUUCACAGACCAUUUCAGUUCAUGGACCAAGCCCAUGAUUUUAUGAUUGUGAUGAUCUUAGACUUCUUGGUGUGUCCCCCUUGAUUCUUUCUCAUUGCUUGAAGCACUCUUUCCAGUGUAUGUACGGCAAG